AUGGAGCUGGAGAGAGAGGAAAAGGACGAGCCGGCUGCCGCGACGCAGCCGGCGGUCGCGGCCGGCGACGAAGAGGUCUACCCCGCCAUCCUCCCGGGCGUGUCCAAGGGCCACGGGCCGCACGCCGGCCGCUUCGUGGCGACGCGCGUGGUGAAUGGGAGGAUCUACAAGGGCGCCUUCGACACAGCAGUGGAGGCGGCGGUGGCGUACGCGCGGGCGGUCGCAGAGUCUACCGACCCCGUCCGGCGAAGCAAGCGGAGCCUGGCGCAGGCGGCCAUAGAGGAGGAGGCAGGCGGGUCGGAGGCGGCGUCCGCCGAGGCGCCGGCAGAGCCGGCGGCGGGGAGCGGGCGCGUGGUCAGUAGCUCUGCUGCAGACGGGCAGACGAUCCGGUACGACGACGGCGACACUCUGCGCCACUUGCUGGAGGCCGAGGACUGGGAGCCGCGGGUGAUGGCGGAGCGGGUCGUGGACACCUUCCAGCAGUACUACGUCGACAGCGAGGCGGGGGCGGGCUGGCAGCGAGCCAGCGAGGCGGAGGGGCUGCAGCUGCACCUGUCGGACAAGACCUCCACCGGCUACAAGCGGGUGGUCAAGGGCACCGGGACGCAGCUCGGCCGCUUCGUGGCGCAGCGCCAAAAGGGCGGAAGGACUGUCACCAUCGGCACCUUUGACACGGCUGUGGAGGCGGCGGUGGCGUACGCGCGGGCGGUCGGUGAGUACAAGCAGCCCUCGGCUCCUCCUCCGGUGGUGACGGAGGGCGAGGGCGAGGGCGAGACGACCUCCUGCCUCUGGGUCGCUUGCGACCGGAGCGCCACCGGCUACAAGUGCGUGGUCAAGACCCCCUUUGGCCGCUUCCAGGUGCGGCACACGGUGGGCGGGACGUCGGUCAACAUCGGCACUUUCGACACGGCGGUGGAGGCGGCGGUGGCGUACGCGAAGGCGGAGGCGCUCGAUGUCGACGGCGGUGCGGAGGCGCACGACCCAACGGUCGCGUUUGGCCCAGCGGUUGCGCUCGGCCCACAGCAGGCUCUCGGCCCAAAGGAGGCAGUGGAGGAGGCGGUGCUGCCGGCCAACCGCGAGCCCUACGAGGGCCUCUCUCUCACCGUCGACGCGCAAGAGUGGCACCGGCUCGACGUGGAUCGGGCGCUGACGUGGACGAGGGUCCGCGUGCUCUCCAACCAAGCCUCCUUCGCGCUGCGUGUCCGCGUCCGCCCGCCCGACGGGGGGCGGCUCCCGGAGAAGCUCGCCCUCAAGGCCACACUCAUCGUCGACGACACCGCCUCCGCCGCCGCGUUCGCUAAACCGCACCUCCUCGUCUCCAAGCCGGGGGAGGCGCCGCUGCUGGACGCCCCGCCGGGCCGCCACUCCCGCGCCGCCCUCCUCCCUGCUGCCCCGGUGACGGUCGUGCCGGACCGGUCGGGCGGCGGCGGCACCGCUCACUUUUCGCUGCGGCUCGGCGACUGCGCGCUCUCCGACCGGUGCGGGGUCGGCCGCUCGCUGCUCAAGCUCCUGAUCACGCCCGAGAUCGCCACCGCCGCCGAGAUGGAGGCCAUCUGCGCAGGAGGCGGGGCGCGGCCCGUCUGCGCGGCUUUCACGGCGCCCUUUCGAGCCAUCACGCGCCUCCGCCUUCAGCCGUCGGUCGUGCACGCGUACCCGCCCCCCAGAAGCAAGCCGUCGGGGCGAACGGCGGCCGAGCUCUCCUUCGACACGACGGACGGCACUUUCUUCAACGUCGGCAGCUUCGCUGAGCUGCACCUCCCGGACGGCUCCGCCUCCUCCUCCUCCACAUGCGAGCCGAAGGCGGCCGCGGAGGCGGAGGCCGCGCAAAGCGCACGCUGGGAGGCGGACGAGCUUGGAUCGGGGUGCAAGCGCGGCUGCGUCGCGAGCUCGUCGAACGAGCCGCCGGCGAAGCGAGGACCCGUCGACACCGUGGCCGAGGUGGCGCGCUCGGGAUCGAUUUUCGCCACCAGCGCGGAGGAGCUGGCGCAGCUGCGGGUGCUGGUGGCGGCGCUGAAGGUGGAGAUGCAGCGCCGGGCGGCGGAGAUCGAGGGGGCAGUGGCGUGUGAGGAGGAGCUCGACUUGGCGGACAGCCAAGCGGCGUCGUCAGCGGCGCCAGCGGAUGCGGCGGCAGCUGAGUCGAUGGGAGUUUUGCUGGCGGGAGCCGAGUCGGCAGGCCCCGUCCGGCGAAGCAAGCGGAGUGUGUCGCAGGCGGGUAUGGAGGGGGCAGGGGAGGGGUGUGAGGAGGCGGUGGAGCCGUCGGCCAAGGAGGAGGACGCGGCGCUGAUAGCGGUGGCGGACGACGAGGGUGCGCCGGCUCCGGUGGUGGUGGCGCAGGCGGAGGGCUUGCGCUUGCACCUGUCAAGCCGCAGCAGCACCGGCUACAAGCUGGUGCGCAAAGGGGAGGGCUGCAACGCCGGCCGCUUCCGUGUGGAGUACAAGGCGCGCGGACAGACCAUCUGGCUCGGCGACUUCGACUCUGCGGUGGAGGCGGCGGUGGCCUAUGCGCGGGCGGUCGGCGAGGCGCCGGAGCCUCAGGCACCGACGGUGGCGACGGAGUCGGAGGGGCUGCAGCUGCACCUGUCCGACAAGAACUCGACCGGCUACAAGGGCGUGGUCAAGGACCAGGGCCGCUUCCGAGCGGAGCGCUGGGUGGGCGGACGCCGCACUCUCAUCGGCACCUUUGACACGGCGGUGGAGGCGGCGGUCGCACCCAGCGAGGUGGAGGCUGGGCUCGUCGCCGCUUUUUGGGAGAGCGCCCUGUGCGAGCGGGAGGCCGACGGAGGAGAUUCGCUGAUGACGGCCACCGAUCCGGCAGGGCGAGUUCGGGAGACGCCCCCUCCCCCCACGGGCGGCAUGGCGGCCGUCGCCGCGGCGCUUGCGCGGGUCGGGCUGCAGGCCUACGUCGCCGCCUUUGACGACGAGGGUUUCGACGACAUCGAGUUUCUCGGCAGCAUGGACGCCGCCGAGCGGGCAGAGGUGGCCGAGGCCGCGGAGAUGAAGCCCGGACACGCGGCCAAGUUUGUGAAGCACGGCUUCGAGCGGCCCUGA